CGAUCCACCAUCAUGCUCUCGCGUCUGGAGUAGUAGCGGUAGUCCUUCUGCGUAGUCGCUGAGGGUCAUCUCUUCAACUCCACUUGUCACUCUCAGAUCCUUUUCAUACUGGUCACUUUUGGGUCAAUUCCUCCGCCUCCGGGAUGCUCCUACUCCCCUUGCGGACCCCUCUCACAAAUCCACCAUUCACACACCUUGAUCCCAUCUUCCCCGGCCCAUUCGCAGCCCUCGGACGACUCUAUGGGAGCAAGCUGCGAGCCUCCUCAAACCACACUCCCUCUCCCCUAGGUACUCUUCAGUGGCUCGUCUAAUAAUUUGCGCACUACCACCAACAUCCAGAAAUCAUCAUCGCCUGCGUCGAGCUAACAUUGCUCGUCGACGUCUACCUCUGUCGACAACCCCGUGGCAUUCUCGCGAUCCUGUCAUCACCAGUACCUUCCCCUUAGAUCUCGACCCUGAAGCCUUUUUAGUUUUCCCUGGUCCGAAUAAUGAACACCAAGUGAGCUACAACACCCGAGGGCAGCUAUAUCCCUGCCUUUGUCGUCGGCACAAAGAUCGACGCAGGUUAAGAUGGGUUGUACCGGGUCAAAGCCUGACCCUCGAGAGAAGGAGGCGUCUCACCAAAAUUCAAGAAUUGAACGACAACUCCGAGCAGACAGAAAAGCAGAGGCCCGAACUGUCAAAAUCUUGCUGCUAGGUAUCGUCACCCCAACAAGUCCUUUGAAUGGACGAGUCUCGCUGCUGACCCCAAGUUGAUAGGAGCUGGCGAAUCAGGAAAGUCCACGAUCAUCAAGCAGAUGCGAAUCAUACACUCGAGUGGCUUUCAAGAUGAUGAACGGAUACAGGUUCGAGCAGUAAUAUACUCCAACCUCAUCAUUGCCUUUCGAGUCUUGUACGAGAUCAUACGGGAUGAGCGAAUCGCUUUUGAGAAUGAAGAGAGUGAGGCAUUCGCAGACCUGUUGGCCAACACCGAAGCAGAUGUCGACGCCCAUGAGGCUUUCAAGGAUCAAAUGGUCAAAGAAGCCAUGAUUGGUCUCUGGAGAGAUACGGGGGUGCAGAAAGCCCUGACCAAAGGCCAUGAGUUUGCUCUCCACGACAACCUGAACUUCUACUUCAAGAACAUCAACCGAAUGUUUGAGCCGGACUGGAUUCCCGAUGACCAAGAUAUGCUUCACGCGCGACUUCGUACCACUGGCAUCACCGAGACAGUCUUUGAGCUUCGAGAAAUGACUUUUCGGAUGAUGGACGUGGGUGGGCAAAGAUCGGAACGGAAGAAGUGGAUCCACUGCUUCGAUGGAGUCCAAUGCCUUUUGUUUAUGGCUUCUCUGUCGGGAUACGACCAAUGCUUGGUGGAAGACGUCAAUGCCAACCAGAUGCAUGAAGCACUCAUGCUCUUCGAGUCUUUGGUCAACGGUGAGUGGUUCAAGGACAAGCCGAUCAUCCUGUUUUUGAACAAGAUCGAUCUAUUCCGAGCAAAAUUACCCAUCUCGCCAGUGUCGGUACAUUUCCCCGACUUCCAAGGCAAGGAUGGUGACGAGGAGGCUGCCAAACAAUUCUUUGCAAAUCGCUUCCGGUCAAUCAACCGAAACAAUGAUCGCGAGAUCUACAUUCACUUCACCAACGCCACCGACACCAACCUCUUGAAAGCAACCAUGGAGGAUGUUCAAGAUAUCUUGAUUCAAAAGAAUCUUCAGCGACUUGUAUUGUGAUCAGGUCAGAGCCACAAAAGAGUCUUUUCCUGCGGCUCGAUAGAUGGGACGGUUGCAGUGGUCCACUCUUUCAGACUGCCACAAAGGGAUUGGCCCAGAGAGCCUGGCCAUGGACAUGAAGACGUCGUUGAGAGAUGAAAGUCGUCGAGGCAAGGACUCUUCACUACUGGACAUACAAUAGAAUCUGCGAAUCUGCAUUGCGGGCACAAUCUAGUUCUUUUUGCAGAUGGCAGCACUGCGGCUUUGCAAAUACUUGGUUGCAUGUUGGUUAUGCCUUGGACAGCGAUGGCACCAGGGAGCGGUCCGCAGGCGGGGCGGAAGAUUUGAUACCUGGCUCGCCACAAAUGUCAAGGUGGUUCCGCUCAAAGUUGUUUCUCCUUGUUCUUUCGGACAUUGUCAGUCCUGUGUCGCAUAGGGGAAAGGUUUUCAUGUGCAUUCAUUGGAGCCAAACAGCGGGGAGGAGUUUCUUGUACAGGGUAGGCCGUGAUUCGACAAAAAUGAGAGCGUCUGAUGUGGAAAGAGGAGGGCAGGAUCACACUUUGCCGUGGGAUCUGUCUGUACGGGGAUUGAAAGCUGAAGAUACCAUAAUAACGAACGAACAGAGUUCAAUAGGCCGCAC